AUAUUUUGUAACAUGGGAGGCCCAAGUAUAAGACCUCCCAGGAGCCCCAUGGCAUCUUGCCGUGAGAACACCACGACACACCUCUUCCAAAUAUUGCAUUGUUUUCUUUUCUGUACAAUGUGAUAUUGAUGAUUCAGCAAAGAACUCAUGUACCAGCAAUCCUUGUGCCGUUUUGGGAACUUCAAUGCUAUACAGCUCAGUGAACCAGCUCCGCUUCUGGAGUUGCUGACAAUGGCACUGAAAGAUGACAAAUCAAUGAGUGAUGUAAACUAGAAGGACAAACUAGAAAUUGCAGAAGUGAACACUGAGAUACUGAAAGAAAAUGCUGAGAUGAUUAAUGAGUACUUCUCUAUUCACAUCGAUCAAGAUGGCAACCUGGCCAGACUUCCUGUUGUACUUGAUCAGUACACCCCUGAUAUGGAUCGCCUUCCAGAGUUCAUGUUGACUCUAGUAAAUGAUAUUUCCUGGGACGUUGAGAAAGAGUGCUUCAGAACGGCAGCAGCUGCUAUUGGAAACUCCUAUGCACUUCAUCCUCCCAUCGUUCCAAAUCCAUCUGGCAAAGGCAUUCAGUUACAAAAGAAAAAUAAAGAUUGCAUGGAAACUGCUGAACAGGCUGGUAGUACAGAUGAAGACGACAUUGAUCAAGAGCUGCUUGCGGAAGCAGAAGCCGCAUGGGCUCAACGUGAGUGGACCAUCCAGCACGUCUUGUUUCCGUCCAUGCGGCUUUUCCUCAAGCCUCCGAAGUCGAUCGCGGCAGAUGGGACGUUUGCUCAGGUUGCCUCUCUAGACAAACUCUACAAGAUCUUGGAGAGAUGCUAGUUGCCACAGGCCAUCGUCACAAGAUAAGAGAAGGAAGGGAGUCUAGAGCCUUGCUGCUGGUUCCUUCUGGGACGUGUGUGUAUAAUGGUUUCACCGUCUACCGUAUUCUCUAGGUAGUGUUGUAAUAUUUAUUUAUUUUUUUGGAAGAAAGAGCAAAAUUGAGCUCCAGUUCUGGAUUGAAAUACCAAAUAAACGCGAGAAUGUUUUUGGCUCUGCUAUGCUUAUGACCUGUCCUGCAGUAGUACACAGGUGAAGAGUGUUUUGAUCUUCUCCCCUCAAUACCCUGGUGAGGUCAGGAGUAUAGGUAUGAACAGUAGGAGCAUGAAAAGAUAUAUUUCUUUUAGAUAGACUCUGUUUGGUACAUUAGAAAAU